AUGGCGGGGCAUGCGGUGGGAGCGCUUUCGAUGGCAGUGGGAAAGUUGCAAGCGAGCAUGGGGGAGGCUUAUGGGAAGUUGACGGACACACUGAAGCAGAACCUCUCCAUCAUGCAGAGCAUGAACGAGUGCAUGGAGUUCUACAUGACAAGCGGGCUGGCCUUGAGGUUGGAAAGUGCCGGAUGCGGAGAGGAAGGGACGAGGGUGAGGGUAGUAGCAGAGGACAAGAUCAAGUUUCCGAUCAAGAACGUCACAUUUUCACUCACCCUUCAUGACAAGAGUGAGAGUGAGAGUGAGAGUAAGAGUGAGAGGAUAGACGCCUCUGUCUCCUCGUAUGAGUAUGGACCUCUGGUGACCGACCAAGCUAACAAGAGGAGGAAAGUCAUGGAUAACGAUAAACAUGAAGAGAAUAAGACUGAGGCAACUGCGUUGGAGUGGAAAGAAGAUGUGGGUACAUGGAGUUCGACGGCCUUCGACUUGAUGCCAGGAGAGAGCAAGGAGAGUAUUAUCAAGAUACGUCAGAGCUAUCCCAAGUGUUAUGCUCUGCAUUUGACGGCAUCAUUUCCAAGUCCUGGAACAGGAAAUCAGCUUCAAAUCACCAGCACCUUGCAUAUUCCUCUGCUCGCUCAACUCAAGUGCACAUGGUGUGGAAGUGAGGUAGAAGGCGCAAGAGAUGAAGGGGACUCGCUCAACUUCACUGCGUCUGUUGCUGCGAAGCGUUUGAGAGAGGUGUUCAGCAUCCCUGAGAAGGAGGGGAUCCAGAGAGAUGCAUGCGGCACCAUUGCGACGUUCACCGGAAAGACGGUGGCUCGCUUGACAGUUUUGCCGGAUGAAGAUGCAAUGGACCGAGUGCAGAUCAAACUCAAGAUCAUCGAAGAGAUCGAGGAUCAUGGCAAAGAGGCCUUGAGAACAAUCUUCGAAAAAGAGCUACAAUAG